AUGCAAAAAAUAUCUAUCUAUCUAUCUAUCUAUCUAUCUAUCUAUCUCUCUAUCUAUCUAUCUAUCUUUGUUCAAAUCUAUCUCAUUUUGUUCAAAUCUAUCUCAGUGUGUUCAUAUCUAUCUAUCUAUCUAUCUAUCUAUCUAUCUAAAUCUAUCUUUCUUUCUUUGUUCAAAUCUAUCUCAUUUUGUUCAAAUCUAUCUCAGUGUGUUCCUAUCUAUCUAUCUAUCUUUCUUUCUUUGUUCAAAUCUAUCUCAUUUUGUUCAAAUCUAUCUCAGUGCGUUCAUAUCUAUCUAUCUAUCUAUCUAUCUAUCUAUCUAUCUAUCUAUCUAUCUCAUCAAAUCAAAGUCUGUUCAAAUCUAUCUCAUUUUCAUUCAAAUCUAUCUAUCUAUCUAUCUUUCUUUCUUUGUUCAAAUCUAUCUCAUUUAAUCAAAUCUAUCUAUCUAUCUAUCUAUCUAUCUAUCUAUCUAUCUAUCUAUCUCAGUCUGUUCAAAUCUAUCUCAUUUUGUUCAAAUCUAUCUCAGUGUGUUCAUAUUCAUCUAUCUAUCUAUCUAUCUAUCUAUCUAUCUAUCUAUCUUUCUUUCUUUUGCGUUCAUAUCUAUCUAAUCUAUCUAUCUAUCAAUCAAAGUCUGUUCAAAUCUAUCUCAUUUUGUUCAAAUCUAUCUCAGUGUGUUAAUAUCUAUCUAUCUAUCUAUCUAUCUAUCUAUCUAUCUAUCUAUCUAUCUAUCUCAUGUGUUCAUAUCUAUCUAUCUAUCUAUCUAUCUAUCUAUCUAUCUAUCUAUCUAUCUAUCUAUCUAUCUAUUUCUUUCUUCUAUCUAUCUAUCUAUCUAUCUAUCUAUCUAUCUAUCUCUUUCUUUGUUCAAAUCUAUCUCAUUUUGUUCAAAUCUAUCUCAGUGUGUUCAUAUCUAUCUAUCUAUCUAUCUAUCUAUCUAUCUAUCUAUCUAUCUAUCAAUCUAAGUCUGUUCAAAUCUAUCUCAUUUUGUUCAAAUCUAUCUCAGUGUGUUAAUAUCUAUCUAUCUAUCUAUCUAUCUAUCUAUCUAUCUCAUGUGUUUAUAUCUAUCUAUCUAUCUAUCUAUCUAUCUAUCUAUCUAUCUAUCAUUCUGUUCAAAUCUAUCUCAGUUCAAAUCUAG